GAGAGCAGAGAAAAGCCUAGAGGUGUAGGAAGAAGAAGGGAGCAUGAAGCAAAGAUGGCUGAGAUUAUGUUACUGAAGCCAGCCAAGCCAAAGUGAGAGGAAGAGAGAGAGAAGGGGAGGAGUGUAUUGCAAGACACAAUGAUUACGUGGUUUUAGGGAGGGCAGGAGGGGAGGCGUGGAACUGGAAAGCAGAAGGUUGGGGUGGGGUGGUGCAGAACGUGGGUCUUGACCGAGGUGGACCUGCAUCCAAUUUUUGGAUCUCUUUUCACUGCGUCAGGCCUGGUCGGCUCUAUUUCUAUGAUCGGCCAUCGCCGUGCUCCCUUUUGCCCCCUCGCUCUCUUUUCUUGCUUCUGUCGCCGUAGCAGCAGCGGAGCGUAAUUAUAAUAUCUCCGAGAGGGGCGGUGCCGAAAAGAGCGAACCCCUCCCAAUAUGGGGAAUCGGCGAGCGAAUCGCGUAGAAGGGAAGUAAAAGACCCCGGGCAGAGUGGAGUAGCUAGCUUAUACGACUCCCCCAACUACGGAUAAAUAGAGAGCCCAAUUCUAUCUAAUCCCCGGAAGGAUUAAAAGGAGAAGAAGGGGAGCUAGGGAAACAAGAAGGACCGGAGCAAUUUUUAUGUUGUAAUAGCUUAGAGAAGGAGAGAGGGAGAGGAAAGGGACGUAAGUUUGGGUCGAAGAGAUGGAAAAUAAUGGUGAUGGUUCUUCUAGCAAGAUCCACGAAUUCCAAGGCUAUCAGGAGGAGGAACAGCAGCAGCAACAAUACAACAAUAACAACAUGAGCAACCAUAUUGGUGGUGGUGGAGGAGGUCAGGGCUUUGUCUUUCCAGAUGAAGCUGCUGCUGCUGCUGCUAUUGGUGUUGUUGGUGCUGGUGGUAGUGUUGCUUCUUCUUCUAUUCUGCCAUGGCCACUACCUCCUAUACAUCCCUUAAACUCGACUCAGUUUGCGCCAUCCAAUUUAGUUCGAGAUCAGAAUCAAGGGCAGUUCUUUCCUUCUCUCCCGCCACUCCCUCCGCCGCCGCCUCCUUCCUCUCCCUUCUAUGGCGACUUGUACGCACGGCGGGCCACGACGGCUCUACAAUUUGCUUACGGUGGUGCUGGCCUCGGCUCGUCAUCGGAUCCUUCGGGAUUGGGUGGUCUUUACAUGGGGAUGGGGUCCGAGGCACUGGCUCGCGGCGGAGGGGUGUCUCCUUUGUCGGCCUUCGGAGGCCUUCAUGCAGAGUUGGGUAAGUUGACACCGCAGGAGAUCAUGGACGCCAAGGCACUUGCGGCUUCCAAGAGCCACAGCGAGGCCGAGCGCCGGCGGCGCGAGCGCAUCAACGCCCAUCUUGCUAAGCUGCGCAGCUUGCUGCCCAACACCACCAAAACAGACAAAGCCUCCCUGCUCGCGGAGGUGAUCCAGCACGUCAAGGAGUUGAAGCGGCAGACGCUUGAAAUCGCCGAAGAGAGCCCGCUGCCGACCGAAUCCGACGAGCUCACAGUUGAUGCCGGCAGCGAUGAGGAUGGCAGAUUCAUAGUGAAGGCCUCGCUGUGCUGCGAUGACCGCUCGGAUCUCCUUCCAGACCUUAUCAAGGCACUGAAGGCUCUCAGGCUUCGCACACUUAAGGCCGAGAUCACCACCCUCGGCGGCCGUGUCAAGAAUGUGCUCGUCAUCACCGGCGAGGAUGACGCUGACCAUCAGCAGCAGCAGCAGCAGCAGCAGUCCAUUGCCUCCAUCCAAGAAGCACUGAAAGCGGUCAUGGAGCGGGCGGCGGCAAGUGAUGAGCCGUCCUCGGCCGGAGGUAUCAAGCGGCAGCGGACCACCAACCUCUCUACCAUACUUGAGCACAGCUUCUGGAAGUCUCCACGCUGAGGGGUAAUGGCUACUGAAAGACUGAAAGAUUGUAGCGUUUGGAAUGUGGAACUAACAUUGCAUGCGAGCAAUGGUAGGAUGUCGUAUUGGUGUUUUUCCUUUUGGGUGUGCGAAAAAGAACAUGAGAACAGACUCUAGUUACUGUUUAGUAAGUUCUUUUUGGUUGGAGAGAGCAUUCUCUUUUGCCCUAGUUGUGACCGUUGUUGGCAGCAUUUUGAAGGGGCAUGGCCAAUUCUAUAUUGAGAUUGCAUGCGAGCAGUAUAUAUGUGAUAGAAUCUUUUCUUUUCUUUUGUUCUCUGGGGUUAAGAUCGCAAAAAUAUAACAGUUAUUGAACUGCAAAACUGAUGAGAGGUGAAUAUCAGAUGAGCGAAAUGGAGAAGGGACAAAAGCACGAGCACAAAGGUGCAUGGAAGGAGUUGAUCAAGAGUACAAGCUUGCGGCUGAUCCAAGCAACGGGAGAUAGAGAAAGCAUUCAAAGGGUAGAAGGUCUGAAAGUGAGCAAAGCAAGCGGCAGAGCUCUGUAAAGGGUAAUGUGGCAGGUCCACUUCCUGUGGCCAAUAGAAGAGCUGCUUGUUUGAAUGCUACUUUAAUGAGUUUGGCCAAGAGUUGUUCCCUUCUGUUAUGUUGCAAUAUAAAUUGAUCUACA